CCUGUAUUACGCUUGAAAAUAAAACAUGGAAGUUUUGUUCACAAUCAUAUCUUUAGCGGCGGUUUGGGCAGGAAUUAAGCUACUAUUUUUUCUUAAAGAAUAUAAACGUAAAUGGGACAUCUUCAAGGGACUGCCAGGCCCGGGAGUCAGGGCGAUCCCGUUCUUGGGACAUGCUUUGAUUUUGACUGGAACACCUGACAAGUACUACGAAAACGUACUUAAACUAAUGAUUGAAAGUCCUGCACGUGAAACAAGUGAUGUCGGACUGGCUUGGGUCGGAACAGUUCCAGUUCUUAUUGUCGGUGGAGCAAAAGCCGCUGAAAGCAUCCUUCAUUCCUCUGAUCACACCGAAAAAACAUUCUUUUAUGAUUUUCUUCAUUCGUGGCUGGGAACUGGUCUUUUGACUUCAUCUGGAGAAAAAUGGAAGUCAAGAAGAAGAUUAUUGACACCGACGUUUCAUUUUAGCAUUUUGAAAGAUUUUCUCGAGGUAAUGAAUGAACAGGCAAAAGUGUUUAUGGAGAAAUUGAGUCCAUAUUUGAAUACGGAAAAAUCUUUUGACGUUUGGAAACCGGUAACUCUAUGCACGCUGGACAUAAUAUGUGAAACAGCAAUGGGAAAGUCGAUCAACGCACAGGAUAAUGAGAACUCGGAAUAUGUGAAAGCAAUAUACAAAUGUACCGAAUUCAUACUCGAUCGUGGGAAAUCUCCGUGGCUCUGGCCCAAUUUCAUUUAUCGCCAUACUGCCGAUGGAAAAGAAUAUGAAAAAUGCCUGAGAAUUGUUCAUGAGUUUACACGAUCAGUUAUUCAAGAUAGGAAAGAAAAUUUUGGUGGAACGUUUGAGAAAAAGAAACGCUUAGCUUUCUUAGAUACUCUCAUGACUGCAUCAGACGACGGUACACCACUGUCAUUCGAAGAUAUUCAGGAAGAAACGGAUACUUUCAUGUUUGAAGGACAUGACACUACUGCAGCUGCAUUAAGUUGGGCAAUUUAUUUAAUCGGACUUCAUCCAAAAAUCCAAAGGAAAAUACAUGCAGAAUUAGACGAAGUUUUUUACGGGAAACUCGAUAUAGAUGUAACCAUGAACGAUUUAGCAAAUAUGAAGUAUUUGGAUCUCGUAGUAAAAGAAGCUCUACGGUUGUUGCCAUCGGUACCGAUGAUCGGACGAGUCACCACUCGAGAUUGCACAAAUGUGUUUGAGAUUGUUUCUUCUCUUCACAUGGUGGAUGGGCAUUUCAUUCCAGAAAGAACAGAGUGUCUUAUAUUUUUACAUGCUGUCAACAAUAAUCCAAGAUAUUGGACAGAACCUCUGAGAUUCGAUCCAGAACGCUUCACCGUUGAGAAUAGCGUAGGAAGACAUCCAUAUGCAUACGUACCGUUUUCUGCCGGUCCUCGUAACUGCAUCGGACAAAAGUUCGCAACGAUGGAAGAAAAAGUAAUUCUUGCUCAUUUCUUGCAAAAAUAUUCCGUUGAAUCAUGCGAUAGAAUUGAAGAUAUAAAACUCAUGGGUGACGUCAUACUCAGAUCAAGAAAUGGGAUAAAUAUAAAAAUAAAAAGAAGAAGUGUUGAAAUCAUUGUAAAAAUGGAGGUCGCUUUUCUGACAGUAAGCCUUGUUAUAGCUGUUGUACUCGUCAAACUGUUUGCAUUCUUCAAAGAUUACGUGCAAAAAUUGAACGCUUUCAAAAACAUCCCAUCGCCACUACUGAAGGCUUACCCAAUUAUUGGUCAUGCAUUGCAACUGAGAGGUGAUCCUGAUGAAAUGUAUGAGUUUCUAAUGAAAAUGAUUAAAGAUAGACCAAACCAAGAAGACGAAGUAGGAAUAGGUUGGAUGGGAAUGAAACCUGUAAUUGUUAUACUUGGACCUAAAAGCGCGGAAACGUUACUCCAUAGUUCCAAUCACAUCAAAAAGUCAUUCUUCUACGACUUCCUGCAUUCUUGGCUUGGCACUGGCCUGCUGACAGCUAGUGGAGAAAAAUGGAAGACUAGACGACGAUUAUUGACACCAACUUUCCAUUUCAGUAUUCUCAACGACUUCCUUGCGGUGAUGAACGAACAGGCAAAAGUUUUUUCCACUAACCUUGAGAAAUUUGCGGAAACCGGAGAAACAUUCAACGUCUGUACAUCUAUAACACUCUGCACUCUUGAUAUCAUUUGUGAGACUGCAAUGGGGAAAUCUAUCAACGCACAAGAUUCUGAAGACUCAGAAUACGUUAACGCCAUCUAUAGAACAUCUAGCAUCAUACAAGAACGUCAAAAGUCGCCUUGGAUUUGGUCGGAUUUGGUUUUUCGUCACACUAAGUAUGGUAAAGAAUAUUACAAAUGUCUUGGCAUAUUGCACGGUUUUACGAAAUCAGUUAUCAAAGAAAAAAUGGAAACAUUUUCGGCGAGUGAAUCAGGGGAAAAGAAGCCCAAACGUUUGGCAUUCCUUGACAUGCUUCUCAGUGUUGCAGACGAUGGAAAGGUGCUUUCAUUUGAUGAUAUUCGAGAAGAAGUAGAUACUUUUAUGUUUGAAGGACACGAUACCACAGCAGCAGCUUUAGCAUGGGCUCUGCAUUUGAUUGGCGCCCAUCCGGAUGUUCAAGCUAAAAUUCAUGACGAACUCGACAGGGUAUUAAAUGAAACCGAUUCUGCGUACAUAACAAUGGAAAAUCUAAAAAAGCUUGAAUACCUGGAAAUGGUAGUAAAAGAAAGCCUUCGCAUCCUACCAUCUGUUCCUAUCAUUGGACGUAUAACGAGCAAAGAUUGCGAGAUGGAUGGACAUUUGAUACCAGCUGGAACUGACUGCGUCUUGUUCACACAAGCAGUAAAUAAGAAUCCUAACUAUUGGACCGAUCCCGAGAGUUUCGAGCCUGACCGAUUCAGUUCUGAAAACAGCGUCGGACGACAUCCCUACUCAUAUUUGCCGUUUUCAGCAGGACCCCGAAAUUGCAUAGGUCAAAGGUUUGCAAUGAUGGAAGAAAAAGUCGUAUUGGCUCAUUUACUACGAAAGUAUGCAGUUACAUCUUGUGACAAGACUGAAGAAUUGCGUUUGAUGGGCGAUAUCAUAUUAAGAUCACGCAAUGGUAUAAAUAUAAAACUAUCCCAAAGAAAUGUAGAUUAAAUAAGCAUCGAGCAUGUUCAUCAAGUAUUCUACUUUUUGAAUUUUUAUAAUUCGUUUCAAAAAAUAUGCAAUAAAAAUAUCGAUAAUUGUGAAAAUUCUGACUUUAUGAACAAAUGCAAUAUCAUCUACGUAGGUAUAAAUAGUUAGACAUUACUACUACACUAUGUACACUACACUACGUGGUCAGCGUGACGACACGACCAAUCCAAGGCGACAGACGCGUUCACGGUUGGCGUGGCCGCUAUUUUAGCUCAGUCUAUUU